AUGGUAUGCUUUAUAGUAUGGGGCAUGUCAACGAGUUUGCCCAUGGCUAUUGUUGUCCGAGCUGUUCAGGGAGGUGGAAACGGAAACGUUGGAAUUAUUCGAACAAUGGUUGCUGAGAUGGUCCCCGAGAGAGAACUUCAGCCUCGUGCCUUCUCCAUCAUGCCUAUUGUCUGGAGUUUGGGAUCUAUCAUCGGCCCUAGUUUUGGAGGCUUCUUCGCCGAGCCUGCAGAGCAAUAUCCUGAGAUUUUUGGUCACAUGGAAUUCUUCAAGCGGUUCCCAUUUAUUCUUCCCAACUUGAUCUUGACCGUCUUCUUCCUCACCUCCGUUACUGUCGCAGUCCUGUUUCUUCAUGAAACACUUCCCAGCAAAAGAGGACACCGAGACUGGGGUAUUCUAGUUGGUGAGCGCAUCACCCGCUCCUUUAAAAACAAUCGCCCAAUGCCCUCUACUCGUCGUCCUUCUUUUGUAGACGGCGAGGCUACUUCGCCUCUUCUUCCCAACAAGAUCGCGCCCAAGACACAUUCUCAAGAGCCAGCCAGGAAAGAGCGUGUUCUCACUCGUGAAACCUCCAUAAACCUUUUGGCAUACACGUUUUUGGCUUUCCACUCCGUCGCCUAUGAUCAGAUCCUCAGUGUCUUCCUGAGACAUCCUGUUGAAGAGCACACGCCUGAGAACACGGCGUUUCCCUUUUACUUUUCUGGAGGAUUUGGCAUGUCGCAUAGCCAGGUUGGCCUUAUUUACACGGUAUAUGGUGUUGUUUGCGGCACCAUCCAAUUCACGCUGUACCCUACAAUUGUUGCUCGUUUUGGAGUCUUGCGAUGCUAUAGAUUCUGCUGUAUCCUUAUGCCGAUCGCUUACUUCCUCACCCCUUACUGUGUUCUGUUCUCUACACACAAUGCCCGAACGACGGCUCUUAUCCUCGUCAUGUUCAUCAAGGCCGCUGGAAUCAUCGUGGCCUUCCCAUCCACCACCAUUCUUCUCACCAACUCGUGUAGUUCCCUCCGCGUACUAGGAACACUUAAUGGCUAUGCGACCACAUUUAGCGGACUGGGCCGUGCAACUGGUCCCGCUUCUGCUGGCGCUCUCUUCACUUGGGGCGCUGAACACGGAUAUGUCGUUACGGCGUGGUUCUUCCUCAUGUUUGUCGCCAUUCUAGGCGCCAUUCCUGCGUAUCUCGCCAAAGACGGAGCCGGUCCAACCGCUUCCGCGUCAACUUCGGCAGAGAACUCUGAUACGGAGGACAAUGAGGCUUCGUCUUCAUCCAGUACGCUGUUAUUGCCCGAAAACUCGGCGGUUGCUUCGGACUCUGAGGAUGAAGAGCAACCCUUGAACAAGUCAAGGCCCGUGCAGCAAAGUUACGGAACAAUUAAGGGAGGACGAAACUAG